AUUCCCACCUUGCUAGCAUUAGCAUUAGCGUUAGCAUUAGCAUUAGCUCCGUCAGUUGAGAGGCGGUCCGUCUCUUCUGUUCUCUUCUUCUGACUCUUUUUAUAGUUUUAUUUGAUAUUUUUUGAACAUUUCGGAUGUAAUGCUGAAAGCUCAGUACAGGAAGUGUGGUGCAUUUGUCUGUAUGCUGUGGACGGCUCUCUAAAGCCCCUUGACAUGCAGAGAUGUCUCUUCAGACGGACGCACUGAUGGGUCUUGGCUCGCUGGGGAUUGUGGGUAACGACCCUGAUUACAUUACGCAGCUCGUUGGUGAUGUGCGCAAGUUUGCUGAGGUUUUGCUGGGUCUGAAGGAGGCUUUCAAACCUACAGGUGAGAGGAAAGGGGACACAUUGGAGGAGUGUGUGUAUGAGUUUGUGAAGGAGCGACUGGCUGAGCUACUGCGUGUGUUGAGGUGUGUGAUCAGUAAACACCAGGCGUUAAACUCCGAGGAGAUCCUCAGUGCUGCUGGAGCGCUUGUCACCAAGGUGAAAGGACUGAACUUAAAGGAAGUGAACAAAGAAAAGCAGAGCAGCGUUUUUUGUGAGAUAUACUCGUCCAUCGACACGUUGGCGUUCACGUUUGGCAAUGUAGUGUCAGAUUUCCUUAUGGGAGAUGUGGACAGUGGCCCCGGAGUGGAGCUCUCACAGACCAGGAGGAGCCGAUCAUUUGAGAAACUCUGUGGAGAUUCAGGGGAACACAGAGAUCUGGCAGAUUUUGAGCUGUCCCCUGUACAGAAAGUGGACCAAGCUCUGCAGCAGAAUGACGGUGGAGUUGAGUCGGCUCUGCUCUACGCCAAGGCCUGGUCCAAAUAUGCCAAAGACAUCCUGAGCUGGGUGGAGAAGCGUCUCGGUCUGGAUAUGGAGUGUGCUAAAGGAUUUGCUAAGAUGGCUGAGUCAGCAAAGACUGUAGCAGCUCAGCAGGACUACAUGCCCUUUAGAGGAGUUUAUGUGUCUGCGUUUGAGAACGAGCUGGAUUACAGUCACAAUCUUCUCCAGACAGUUACAUCUCUCCAAACCAACAAGUUCAUUCAGCCUCUGGUGUUACGGAAAAAUGAGCUGGAUAAACUGAGGAAAGAGUUAAAGGAGCAAUGGCAGAGGGAGCAGAAGAAAAUGAGUGAAGCUGAGGGUGCGGUGUGUAAAGCUCGACUCCUUCAGACCCAGCGCAGGGAGGAGUACGAGAAGGCUCGCGCAUCACAAAGCCGAACGGGAGAUGAGCAAACACACACAGGUGGGAGAACACAGGAGAGGAAGAGGAAGAUAGAGGAAGAGGCACUGCAGAAGGCUGAAGAGGCUCAGGAACACUACAGGUUAUGUAUCGCUGAUGCUGAAGCUAGAAAAGUCCAUCAGACCAAAACAAAGAGCGUCAUCCUGUCUCAGCUCCGAGAGCACAUCUUCCAGUGUGACCUUACCCUCAAAGCUGUGACAGUGAACUGGUUCCAGAUGCUGUACAAUCAGGUGGUCUCGGUUCCUGUACAGUACCAGGCUCUGUGUGAUCAGGUGAAGCAGUAUGAACCCGGUCAGUGUUACUCAGAGUUCGUAAACAGUUUACCUAAAGAGCGUGUGUGGCUGGAGGCACUGUCUCACGCUGGACCAUCCAGGACAGGCAUGGCCUUCCAUAAGAGAUCAGUCAGCAGCACACACUCAUCUCAGGGGAACCUGUCCCAGCUCUCUGCUGAUGAAGUGAAUAGUCCUGUUAAUAAACGCUUCAGCAAGAUGGACGAACCAGCGUCCAACAGCAGCACAGCUGACAUCCACGCUGUGAAGGGAGGGAUGUGCAGUGAUUCAGAAAGUGCAGGAGGAAGCAGUGAGUCUCGGUCUGUGGAUUCUCCAACUGCUAGUCCAGGGGAUUUUAAGCGCAGACUUCCCAGAACUCCAUCCACAGGCACAAUGUCAUCUGCUGAUGAUUUAGACGAAAGAGAACCUCCCUCACCCUCAGACAACGGUCUGGGUGAGAUGGUGACAGAGACAGCAAAUUCUCCCGGUCCUUUUAGAAAUGCUCAAAUGUCCAAAGCAGCUCUCACACACAAGCUGAGGAAGCUGCGAGCUCCAUCUAAAUGCAGGGAGUGUGACAGUCUGGUGGUGUUCCAUGGAGCCGAAUGUGAGGAGUGUACUUUAGCAUGUCAUAAGAAGUGUCUGGAGACUCUGGCGAUUCAGUGUGGUCAUAAGAAGCUCCAGGGAAAGCUGCACUUAUUCGGCAUUGAUUUCUCUCAGGCUGCUAAAAACAGUGCAGACGGAAUUCCCUUCAUUAUCCGGAAGUGUACGUUAGAGAUCGAAAGUCGCGCCCUAAACAUCAAGGGCAUUUAUCGCUUGAAUGGCGCAAAGUCUCGAGUGGAGAAACUUUGCCAGGCGUUUGAGAAUGGAAAAGACCUGGUGGAGCUGUCAGACCUGUAUCCUCAUGACAUCAGCAAUGUGCUCAAACUGUACCUGAGACAGCUACCUGAGCCGUUGAUCCUGUACAGAUAUUAUAACGAGAUUAUUGGUCUGGCUAAAGAAGCUCAGAGCAUCAUUGCAGACGACACACACUCGCCUCGAAUCAGCAUCGAGCUCAACCGAGUCAUUCUCAGAAUACGAGACCUGCUCAGGCUCCUUCCUCCUGCACACUACAGAACCCUGCACUUCAUCAUUACUCAUCUGCACAGAGUUUCUGAGCAUGCUGAGGAAAAUAAAAUGGACACAAGGAAUCUAGGCAUCAUCUUUGGCCCGACGCUGAUUAAACCCCGGCGGUUGGACUCGGACGUGUCCCUGUCUUCCCUUGUUGACUACCCUUACCAGGCUCUGAUAGUGGAGCUGCUCAUCCAACACCAUCUGAAGAUUUUUGACAUCCAGUUAAACCCUCCCCCCUCCACCCAUGCUCAAAUCACUCGCUGCUCACAGUCUCUCAUAGACAUCAAAGAGAGCUCUAAAUCCCAUAAGAGAUACUCGUCUGUACAUCCCUCGUCAUACUCAGCGAUUGAAGAGAAGGAAGUUCACUUAACAAGGGGACAUGAAGGGAAAGAGGAUACAGCCGCUGACAGUACAGAUGGUGUUAAUGGUGUUGGAUCUUCGUUAGCUGUCAGUCGAAACAGCACAAAUGUAAACAUCCCCCCUGUGAAGCUCCGCCCCCCACGAACCCACUAUCUCUCUCGCCCUGUGAGUUUACCUGUGGACCGCCUGCUCAACGACCAUAAUGAUCGCAACAUGGCUGAGCGAGAGAACCUGGGCGGCGCCAUCAUGGAGAGACCAGAGGCAGAGAAAGCGGAGAGCCACACCUACCGCAGCCCCUUCGUCCACACACACACCCUGAGACGCACUUGGGACAAACAGUACCGCCAUUACGAUGUCACGCCUCGCACUGCCAUGAUUGUUGCCAACCUUCCACCCUCAGGGGCCGUGGGCGGGGCUAAAAUGGAAGCUACCAAAACAGAUGCAACCAAACCAGACAGAUCCAGAACAGCUACAGCAGAAGCACAGAGUGGCAUUUUAUCUCAGAACAGCACAUACACAGCUACCAUGCGUUCGUUUAGGACAUUGAGAAGUGACAGUAGCAGGAGUGAUAAGGAUGUUCCGAUCUUGUUCAGAGCACCACGGAUGCUCCAUCCCCCGUCUGGAACCUUCUACAGACCUCCACAUGUGCAUGUUAGAACACCAGACACGGAAAAACAUGCUAAUAUUUGUCCAACAACCACCGUAACUACACUGUCUGUUACUACAGCUGCACCGCUAUCCUCCCUAAAUGUGGGUCCAGCUUCCGCUGCACUGUCAGUUACACCAUCAACAGGAAGUGACAUGUGCAGUAAAGAGGAAGUGCAGUCAGAGUCCCAGUUAGAUGAUGAGUGAGAACAAGUUGCACAGAGAGGCACUCUUCUUAUAAACACACACAUCUUCUCAGGUUACACACACUUCACAACACAAAUCUGAUAUUCAGAUUCAUUUCCUGUUCAAACAGGAUCAGGUUUCCAUGUGGACGUGUGUGAGGUAUCGCUGGGAUUUUUAGUUACUGGGUUUAAAGGUUUCACACUACAGACCCAUUAUGGUCAUGUGAUCCACUGACAAUUAAGCAUGGCCACGCCCCCUACAACAAGCACUUAAUAAACAUCUGUAGUCGGUGUGUAUUAACACUGGAGUGUGUGGAAUGUUUUUAGUGUGUGUACAUUUACAGCGUUCACUCCUUCAGACACACGUCCUGCUCACACUCUUAAACCACUUUACUUCACCUGCUUAAAUCAUUAAAGUGGUUAUAUUUUAUAAAUUGUUUAUUGAGCAGCUAAAACCAAACAUAAUAAUUAAUGUAAAGAACGUAAAGCCCUUCAUGUUUAGGCCACACCCACUCCUGCUUUAAAUCCAGAUCCAGAGGGUGUUAUUGUAUCACACAUCUGGUGUGUUUCCUGCACACACUCACACUCGAGCUUCUUCCCUAAACCCAUUAACAAACACACACACACUCUUCAAUGACUCUACAUGUGGUGUGUGUGUGUGUGUGUGUGUGUGUGUAUAAGCAUUUGUACAGCUGGAGUAAAUAUUUUAUGCAGAUGUGAUUGUGAUGAUGCACUUGAUAACCCUGGAUGUGUGUGUGUAAAAUAUAUAAUACAUGUAUUUGCAUGAAGCCAUAAAUCCUUUUAUUAUUGUGA